AUGGCAGCCAAGUCCGACGGCCGCGGGCUCGUCUCCGGCUUCGCCCAGCUGCGCAACCUGGACGAGGCGGUGGGCGCGGGAGAGGAGGGGCCCGACAACGGCAGUUCCUUCCACAUCUGCCACUGCUGCAACACCUCGUCGUGCUACUGGGGCUGCCGGAGCGCCUGCCUGCACUACCUGCGGGCCAGGCGCCGGCAGGCGGCGGCCGGGCCGCCGCACGAGGAGCAGCGGCGCCUGUGGCUGGACUGUCUGUGGAUCGUGCUGGCCCUGCUCGUCUUCUUCUGGGACGUGGGCAGCGACGUGUGGCUCGCCGCCUACUACUACCGCGGCCGGGACUUCCUGUGGUCGGCCGUGACGCUCUUCUUCGUGCUGGUGCCCUCGGUGCUGGUGCAGAUCCUCAGCUUCAGGUGGUUCGUGCAGGAUUACACCGAGGGCGCGCUGGGCUCCGUGCAGGGGCUGAGCAGCCGCCGGGCCGCCGCCAGCCUGCAGCGGGACCGAUGCUGCCGGCUCUCCGUCUGGCUCUGGCAGAGCGUGCUGCACGUCUUUCAGAUGGGACAGGUGUGGAGGUACAUCCGCACCAUGUACUUGGGCGUGCAAAGCCACCGGCAGAAGGAGAACCGGCGGCGCUUCUACUGGGCCAUGAUGUACGAGUAUGCCGACGUCAACAUGCUGCGACUGCUGGAGACUUUCCUGGAGAGCGCUCCCCAGCUGGUGCUGCAGCUUUGCAUCAUGAUCCAGAGCAACAAGGCCGAGUGGCAGCAGUGUUCUUCGGUCUUGUCCUCCCUCCUGUCCCUCGCCUGGGUGCUAGCGUCCUACCACAAGCUCCUGCGCGACUCCCGCGACGACCAGAAGAGCAUGAGCUACCGCGGCGCUCUGGUGCACCUCUUCUGGCGGCUCUUCACCAUUUCCUCGCGGGUGCUGUCUUUUGCCCUGUUCGCCUCGGUUUUCCACAUCUACUUUGGCAUUUUCGUGGUGCUCCACUGGUGCGCCAUGGCCUUCUGGGUCAUCCACGGCGGCACCGACUUCUGCAUGUCCAAGUGGGAGGAGGUGCUGUUCAACAUGGUGGUCGGGGUGGUCUACGUCUUCUGCUGGUUCAAUGUGCAGGAAGGGCGGACCCGGUUCCGAAUGGUGGUUUAUUACACCGUAGUCCUGUUGGAGAAUGCCGUUCUCAGCGGCCUCUGGUACGCAUACCGUGACCCAGUCACCACCGACGCCUAUGCCUCUUAUGCCCUCUGCAGCGUCUUCCUGUGCUUCGCCUCAGGUGUGGCCUGCAUGGUCCUCUACUACGGGGUCCUGCACCCCAAGGGCCCCCGGCUGAGGCUCCUGGCGAGCUCCUGUUGCGCCGAGUUGCUUUGGGGGCUGCCUUUACCCCCCGAGGCCGAGCCCAUGGCGCCCACGCCGGGCCCGCGCGGCUCCCAAGCCACACCCACGCGGGGCCCGGCGGGGGAGCAUGCGGAGUCCGAGCAAAGCGCCGCCGACUCCUCCUGCCUUCCGGUUUUCCAGGUGAGGUCCACGGAGCCGGUGGACGCGUCCGGCCGGCCCGUCCCGCCCGAAGGCCCCCUCAUCAAAAUAGACAUGCCCAGGAAGCGCUACCCGGCUUGGGACGCCCACUUUGUGGAUCGACGCCUGCGCAGGACCAUCAACGUGCUGCAGUAUGUGAGCCCUAACGCGGUGGGCAUCAGGUACAGGGACGGCCCCCUCCUCUAUGAGCUCCUGCAGUACGAAUCGUCGUUCUGAAGGCCGCUCUCACGCGCGUUCUUUUUGACGCUCCUCCCUCUCAUCUCCCUCUUGUCCUCCUUCGACCCUCCGCAGUCGCUCUGUUUCUGUGCCAGUCAUGAUUUAUUUGGGGAGAAACAAGAAUGCCUCCGCGCCUGCGGCUGCGCGGAGAGAUAACAUGUGAAUGUUUCACUCUGAAAUUUAUCUCGUGCGUUUUUCUGACUGACUGGCGUCUACCUGUGAAGGGCACAUGGUACGCUCCUCCUUCUGACACCGGGACCGGCCCCAACGCCCGAUGGGAAUGUGGGAGGAGCGUGUCAGACCGAGGGCGCGGGCCUUUUGCACAUCCCGACUAUUACUGCCGUCCUUUAUGUAAAUCAUGCAAACGUUGAUGGUGGUUACCGAGAGCCUUGGUUAUGCCGCGGUAUCGUAAAUGUGAGCGGGAUCAAAUUCAUCCGGC